GGCACGGAUCCGUUAGUGGAAAAACUUUUCCUACAAUAAAUUCCAUGUACAGAAGGGAAAAUUUGCGAUGCCCCAAGAGGGAGACAAGGCUGAUGUUGAUAAGGCAGUGGCCGCAGCAAGAAAGGCAUUCAAGCUUGGUUCUGAAUGGCGACGUAUGGAUGCUUCGAGGCGUGGAUCCUUGCUUUAUAAAUUGGCAGAUUUGAUUGAAAGAGAUCGUCAAUACUUGGCGAGUCUAGAAACGCUUGACAAUGGAAAGCCCUAUUCAGCGUCCUACAAUGCCGACUUGCAUUUGACCAUUUGUUGCUACAGAUAUUACGCAGGAUGGGCCGACAAAAAUCAUGGCAAAGUAAUUCCUAUGGAUGGAGAAUUCUUUGCUUAUACUCGACACGAACCUGUGGGAGUAUGUGGAGCUAUUAUACCCUGGAACUUUCCAUUACUGAUGCAGGCAUGGAAGUUGGGCCCGGCACUGGCAUGUGGAAAUACGGUUGUGAUGAAGCCGGCAGAACAGACGCCACUAACAGGACUGUAUGUUGCUGCUUUAAUGGCGGAGGCUGGUUUUCCACCAGGAGUUGUGAACAUGGUUCCGGGAUACGGUCCUACAGCUGGAGCAGCUAUUUCUGAACACAUGGAUGUUGAUAAAGUAGCUUUCACUGGAUCGACAGAGAUCGGUCAUAUCAUCAUGCAAGCAGCGGGGAAAUCAAACUUAAAACGAGUAACACUUGAACUUGGAGGAAAGAGUCCUGUGAUAGUGUUUGCAGACACCGAUCUUGAUUACGCCGUCGAGAAAUGCCAUUUUGGACUCUUUUUCAAUAUGGGCCAAUGUUGUACUGCUGGGUCUAGAAUAUACGUUGAGGAAUCGGUAUACGACGAAUUUGUGAAGAAAAGUGUCGAAAGAGCUAAGAAACGAACAGUUGGAAGCCCAUGGGAAUCGAGCAUAGAGCAAGGACCGCAAGUCGACAAAGAUCAGUUUGAAAAGAUAUUGGGUAUGAUUGAUGAAGGCAAAAAAUCAGGGGCUAAACUUAUGUGUGGAGGGUCAAGGUGGGGUGAUAAAGGUUAUUUUGUGGAACCAACCGUAUUUGCUGAUGUGGACCAAGAUUCUGUCAUCGCUAGAGAAGAGAUUUUCGGUCCUGUGCAGCAAAUUAUGAAAUUCAAAACAAUAGAGGAAGCAAUUGAAAAGGCCAACGAUACAAAGUAUGGUCUUGCAGCCGCAAUCAUGACAAGCGAUCUGGAUAAAGCGAUCACUCUUGCAAAUAGUACAAGAGCAGGAACCGUUUGGGUCAAUACAUACAACACGUUUACUGCCUCAAUGCCGUUUGGUGGAUUCCAGAUGUCAGGACAGGGACGGGAACUUGGAGAAUAUGGACUGCAAAACUAUACAGAAGUGAAAACGGUGAUGAUCAAAAUAUCUCAGAAAAAUUCCUAAUUUCGGCAAGAUGAGCAUUAUGUAUCGAAGGGGCGUAUUCAUCUAUGUCGAACGAGCUUACAUUUGUUUAUAAAUGAAAAAUUAUCGGCCAUUACAAUUAAGUAUAUACCAACAACUAAUUUUGUUAAAAUUGUGUAAUAGUGUGUUUUUAUUAUUUGAUUAUAUAUGAAAACAGCACGGUGUUGCUGAUUUAUUAUAGUGAUAAUCAACUGGUAAUGUGAAUUUCACUGCUGUUAA